AUGUCUCCAACCCUUUGUACUUCUCUGCUCAGCUCACUGCUCCUCAUGCUGCUGACUGUGCUGUCAGCCAGCACUUCUGCCCAAGGAAAGGUGAUCAAGCCUGGGCUCAAGCCAGAGAGCCUCUUCAAGCAAGCAUCUAUGGGAUGUCUGACCCCAAAAGACUCAAAAUUCCCCCAAACUGUGAGAGUCAACAUAAACAUCAGCAACACAAACCAGGACACCAAAAUGGGUUUUGAUGUCAGCAAUCGCUCUCUGGCUCCCUGGGAUUACAGCAUUGAUGAGGACCACAACCGUUUCCCCCGAGUGAUCGCCGAUGCCAAGUGCCGCCACUCCAGGUGUGUGAAUUCGGAUGGGCAGCUGGACCACAGUGUCAACUCUGUCCCCAUCAGACAGGAGAUUCUCAUCCUCCGGAGGGAGCAGAAGGGCUGCCAACAAUCAUACAGACUGGAGAAGAAAAUAAUCACUGUGGGCUGCACAUGUGUCACUCCCUUGAUCCGACACCAGGCUUGA